AUGGUGAAAACUAGAGGAAGUGGCUCUCGGUCUGUCAAGGAAGUGGCUGGCUCGUUGACUGCAUCUCCAUCUUUCACCAAGAAAAAGGCUCGAAAGAGUACCUUGUCUCAACCCAGUCUCAUUGACGGUUCCAUCACCACGAGAAAAGCUAUGGUCAUUCCUGGCCUAGAAGCCCCCAAAGUACCUUCUGGACCUCCUUCAUCGGCGGCUCCGCUCACCUCUGUCCCUGGGUCCUCAAAAAGGGGCCGAGCUUCCCCCUCAGAUGAUGUCUCUGAUCAUGACUGUGAUUCAGCCAAAACCCAUUCUGUCUCCUCAGAAUCCCCUGAUGUGCUUGCACCCAAGAAGAAAAGCAAAGGAUGGUUCCAGGUCUCAUCUUCUCGAAAAUCUCCUCGAUCCAAAGGGUCUAAUCCUUCAAAUUCCACUCCAAAGGCCUCGUCUCUCGUGGGUUCCACUCCACGUUCCAAGUUUCGGUCGAAGGUAAAGAAAAUUCCUCCUCCCUGUUCCUCUUCUGAAUCUGAUCCAUCUACAGAUUGUGUUCCCUCUGAUGAUGAUCCCCUUGAAGAAGAUCCCUCUCUUGAUGAAAAUGUUACAUCAAAAGCCGAGUCUGACCCAUCAGAGGACCCUCCUGUUUCUCCAAAGGGCAAGAAAUCUGUGAAAAUUCCUGAGAUUCGCACUAAGUCACCAGUGGGUCCCAAAGUCUCUCCAGGUUCAUCUUUUAAGGCUCACUCUUUGAAUUUCUGUUUCAAUGACAAUGAGAAAAAUAUGAAGCAUUAUGUGCAUCGUGAUUUUAUCUGUGAGAAAUUUUGUUCUUUUUCUGCCCAUAGAGUGUUUGGGGCCAUUAAGAAUAUUGAGGAUCGGGGGUGGUUAGGUUCUUUAACUGGGUUGGAUGGUUUUGUUCCUCGAGUAGUUCAAGAAUUCUAUGCUAAUCUCAAUGAUGAUCUGUUUGAUAGCAAGUCUUUUAUGUUUGGUCAAGUUUAUGUUCGGGGGCAUUGGUAUUUGUUUAGUGCUGCUGAAAUUGCCAAGGUUCUCAAUUUGCCCCUACUGUUGACAAUGUUGUUGUGGAAUUCAACAAAAGAUACGGUGUUGUCUGAAUUGGUGGGACAGAAUAUGGUUUGGGAACCUCACUCGGUACUCAAAGUGACGGAUCUUACUCAUUACUAUGCCGUGCUUCACAAAUUUUCCACCAACAAAUGGAUUCCUACCACUCAUACCUCCACCAUUACUUUUGACACGACUUUCUUUCUGUACAAAGUCGAGACUGAUCUCCAAGUUGAUCUUGCCACUCUCAUUUUUUAUCAGAUCACUUCCUUAGGAAAAGCCAAAAAGAAAGGCCAAUAUUUUGUGUUUCCUCAUUUGAUCUACAAGUUACUUGAUUCUCAAAAGUCUCUUCGAUUGGAAUAUGAAAUCGUGACACCUCCCACUACCGGUGCAGACUACAAACUCAAGAAGGAACCCUCAUCAGUAAAGGCAACUAAAGGGAUUGCUCUCAAGGCCGGCAAUGCUGAUUCUGUCAUUACUGAACUUGUUGUUGUCAAAGCCACUCUGGAAUAUGUUCAGAUAGAAGUGACAACAAGGGGGAGUAAGAAGGUUCAUUUUGAUCGGUUUAUCUUGUUUUAUGAUCUUUCAAAAUAA